AUGGAGAAGAAAAAUCACACAGCAACUGAGUUCAUCCUGUUGGGCUUCACUACCAAUCCUGUGACUCAGCAAGUCCUCUUUGUGGUGUUCCUUGUCAUGUAUGCAUUGACUGUGGUGGGAAAUUGCACCCUUAUAAUAUUGAUCUGUAAUGACUCUCGCCUCCACACACCCAUGUACUUUUUCAUUGGAAAUCUAUCUUUUCUUGAUCUCUGGUUGUCCUCUGUCUACACUCCAAAGAUCCUAAUGACCUGCAUCUCUGAAGACAAGAGCAUCUCCUUAGCUGGCUGUGUGGCUCAGUUCUUCUUCUCUGCUGGAUUGGACUAUAGUGAGUGUUAUCUGCUGGCUGCCAUGGCCUAUGACCGCUAUGUGGCCAUUGCAAAGCCACUAUUUUAUUCUCAGGCCAUGCCUUUAAAGUUAUGUGUAUUCUUUGUAGCAGCCUCAUAUCUUGGUGGUUUUAUUAACUCUUCCAUCAUCACCAAAAAAACUUUUACCUUUGACUUCUGCAAUGACAAUGUCAUUGAUGACUUUUUCUGUGACUUGAUUCCCUUGGUAAAGCUGGCCUGUGGAGGGAAAGAGGGCUACCAGGCUUUGAUGUAUUUCCUCCUCACUUCUAAUGUCAUCACUCCCAUCAUGUUCAUCCUGGCCUCCUACCUCUUCAUUAUCACCACCAUUUUGAGGAUGUGCUCCACCCAGGGUCGCCUCAAGGCCUUCUCCACAUGUUCUUCCCACCUGAUCUCUGUGACCUUAUACUAUGGUUCUAUUCUCUACAUCUACCUUCGUCCCCAAUCAAGCUACUCUUUGGAUACAGACAAAAUAAUUUCUACAUUUUACACUGUGGUGUUUCCCAUGUUGAAUCCCAUGAUCUAUAGCCUGAGGAAUAAAGAUGUGAAAGAGGCUCUGAAAAAUUCUUCAAAUAAAUCAGGAUUAUUUCCUUCUAAGAAGAGGCACAGAUUAUUCUUAAGUAGGAUAUUUUAUUUCAAGCACAGGUGCUGGAGAUCUCCAUUAAAAUACCAUGUAAGUUAA